AUGUCAGAUGCGCGACCCUCGAGGAGCCUGCCGUUCAAGGCCACGGCUUUGAUGCGCAAGGCUCCAGCUCCAGCCCCAACGCCUUCCGAUGCUGGGCCCAGCAGCAACGACGAAUACCUGAGCAUCUUCAGUCGAAGAAAGGAGAUGGAAACUGUCAUUGAACGAGACCGGAGGAAGCGCUUGCAGAAGAAAGAACGGCGCGAACUGAAGCAGGUGGAGGAGCGUCGGCGGUCUUCAGAGAAACGGUCUGCCAGUGCUGCUCUGGACAUUAGUGAGCCUGGCGAAGAAGUGCUCGAAGCAGAUAGGCGACAACACACUGCUACGCCGGUAAAGCCCGAAGUGCUACGCUCUGGAUCACACGGAUCAACGCCACGGAGACCGGCAGAGGCAGUAGCACAAGAAGCAAAGGGGCGCGACGCUGAAGUAAUCCCCUUGGAUUCGGAUGACGGCGACGAGCCAUUCAACACGCCAGUCAAGACGCGCAAAGCCGAUCUUGAGGUCACCAAGGAUCCCAUUGCCAUACUAGACGAUUCGGAUCACGAGCCGGCACGUCAAGAGGAUUCGGCAGAAGAGUUGGAUGAGUUUUGCGCCAGCUUUGUCCACAAAGCAAAGGAGGAGGCCAAGGCACGAGCGCAAGGUGUCCAGCAAUCGCCUAUAAUCGCCGUCUGCAUUUCCAGCCCUGUACCCGGCACCAAGUCUAUACGAGUGAGGAUGCGUCUCGAUGAUCCGCUCAGCAAAGUCCGCAGGGCUUGGGCGACGCGGCAGUACGAUAACGACGUUGCUGUCGGCGAUGAGCGCGAUCUGGUCCUUGUGUGGCGAGGCCAUAUGGCCUACGCAUCCUCCUCGUUCCGAGCGCUGGGUGUGCGGCCGUCACCCUGGGGCCAUGGCCUUACGACGGAUCAUAGUGACCGCGCGGCACUGACAGAGGAUGGGGCAGGCGUCCUUCUGGAGAUCUUCACGUCUGAUCUGUGGGAGAAGUUUGAGGCGGAUAGGAAGAGAGAGCACCUCCGCGAUACCGCGGGAAAUGACUCGCUGAACCAGUCUGGGCUCGGGGCAGAUCAUGACGUUGAGCUAGAACCAGAGGUCAAGCUCAAGGUCAUCUUGAAAGCCAAGAAUCUCGAUUCUGUCAAGUUGACGGUACGUCCCGAGACGACCGUGGAGACGUUGAUCAAUGGCUUCAAGCACGAACGAGGUGUCAGUGGACAGGUGACCCUCUGGUUCGAUGGCGAGUGCCUCAACGAGUCGAUGACUGUGGAAGAUGCCGAGAUUGAAGACAUGGAUUCCAUCGAGGUCCAUAUCCCAUGA